GGGAGUAUAUAGAGGAACACAGGGGUCUGUACAAGGACGUGAUGAUGGAUAAUCACCGGCCCCUCACAUCACUGGAUGGACCCAGUAACAGAGAUACCCCAGAGAGAUGUCCCCGUCCUCUGUAUUCCCAGGAUUGUACAGAGGAGAAUCACAGGAUCCCACAGGAGGAUAAGGUAGAAAGUCUGUCUGAUAUUAAAACAGAAGAUAUAGAGGGAGAAGAAGAGACGUAUGUGACUAAUAUAAAGGCAGAAGAGAUGUAUGUGACUGAUAUAAUGGCAGAAGAUAUAGAGGGAGAAGAAGAGACGUAUGUGACUUAUAUAAAGGCAGAAGAUACAGAGGGAGAAGAAGAGGCGUAUGUGACUGAUAUAAAGGCAGAAGAUAUGGAGGGAGAAGAAGAGACGUAUGUGACUAAUAUAAAGGCAGAAGAUAUAGAGGAAGAAGAAGAGACGUAUGUGACUGAUAUAAAGGCAGAAGAUAUGGAGGGAGAAGAAGAGACGUAUGUGACUGAUAUAAUGGCAGAAGAUAUAGAGGGAGAAGAAGAGACGUAUGUGACUUAUAUAAAGGCAGAAGAUACAGAGGGAGAAGAAAAGACGUAUGUGACUGAUAUAAAGGCAGAAGAUAUGGAGGGAGAAGAAGAGACGUAUGUGACUGAUAUAAUGGCAGAAGAUAUAGAGGGAGAAGAAGAGACGUAUGUGACUUAUAUAAAGGCAGAAGAUACAGAGGGAGAAGAAGAGACGUAUGUGACUGAUAUAAAGGCAGAAGAUAUGGAGGGAGAAGAAGAGACGUAUGUGACUGAUAUAAAGGCAGAAGAUAUGGAGGGAGAAGAAGAGACGUAUGUGACUGAUAUGAAGGCAGAAGAUAUAGAGGGAGAAGAAGAGACGUAUGUGACUGAUAUAAAGGCAGAAGAUAUGGAGGGAGAAGAAGAGACGUAUGUGACUGAUAUAAAGGCAGAAGAUAUGGAGGGAGAAGAAGAGACGUAUGUGACUGAUAUAAAGGCAGAAGAUAUAGUGGGAGAAGAAGAGACGUAUGUGACUGAUAUAAAGACAGAAGAUAUAGAGGGUGAAGAAGAGAAGUAUGUGACUGAUAUCAAGACAGAAGAUAUAGAGGGAGAAGAAGAGACGUAUGUGACUGAUAUGAAGGCAGAAGAUAUACAGGGAGAAGAAGAGACGUAUGUGACUGAUAUAAAGGCAGAGGAUAUAGAGGUAGAAGAAGAAAAGUAUGUGACUGAUAUAAAGGCAGAAGAUAUAGUGGGAGAAGAAGAGACGUAUGUGACUGAUAUAAAGACAGAAGAUAUAGAGGGUGAAGAAGAGAAGUAUGUGACUGAUAUCAAGACAGAAGAUAUAGAGGGAGAAGAAGAGACGGAUGUGAGAGAUAUGAAGGCAGAAGAUAUAGAGGGAGAAGAAGAGACGUAUGUGACUGAUAUAAAGGCAGAAGAUAUAGAGGGAGAAGAAGAGACGUAUGUGACUGAUAUAAAGGCAGAAGAUACAAAGGGAGAAGAAGAGACGUAUGUGACUGAUAUAAAGGCAGAAGAUAUAGAGGGAGAAGAAGAGACGGAUGUGAGAGAUAUGAAGGCAGAAGAUAUAGAGGGAGAAGAAGAGACGUAUAUGACUGAUAUAAAGGCAGAAGAUAUAGAGGGAGAAGAAGAGACGUAUGUGACUGAUAUAAAGGCAGAAGAUAUAGAGGUAGAAGAAGAGACGGAUGUGAGAGAUAUGAAGGCAGAAGAUAUAGAGGGAGAAGAAGAGACGUAUGUGACUGAUAUAAAGGCAGAAGAUAUAGAGGGAGAAGAAGAGACGUAUGUGACUGAUAUAAAGGCAGAAGAUACAAAGGGAGAAGAAGAGACGUAUGUGACUGAUAUAAAGGCAGAAGAUACAAAGGGAGAAGAAGAGACGUAUGUGAGGGGAGAUCAGCAGUGUAAGGAGGAGGAGAUCCCUACAGAUAUCAGCACAGAUGGACACACAAGCAGGAAUAUCUCAGAAGGACAUCUAAUGUUAUCCCCGGAUUGUGACAUAAAAGAUAAUGACAGUAGACAGGAUUCUCCAGGAGAUAACCCCAUUACCGCAGUGAUACAUCCAGCUCUAUCAGCUGAUCCCCCUGAUCCUGGGAAAUGUUCUCCUGAUCACUCUGAUAUUGGUGCAUCUGUUACAGCUCUGACAGUAGAUAUAGAGUUUCCCUGUUCUAUAGAUGCCAAAUGUUUUACACAGAACACAAAGCUUAUUACCCAUCAGCCAGCUAAGGCAGGUGAGAGGCCAUUUCCAUGUUCUGAGUGUGAGAAAUGUUUUACAUGGAAAUCAGAUCUUGUUACACAUCAGAGAAGUCACACAGGUGAGAAGCCAUUUUCUUGUUCUGAGUGUAGGAAAUGUUGUUUAAGUAAAUCACAUCUUGUUAUACAUUACAGAAGUCACACAGGUGAGAAGCCAUUUUCUUGCUCUGAGUGUGGGAAAUGUGUUACACGGAAAUCAGAUCUUGUUAAACAUCAGAGAAGUCACACAGGUGAGAAGCUAUUUUCUUGCUCUGAGUGCGUGAAAUGUUUUACACAGAAAUCACAUCUUGUUAAUCAUCAGCGAAGUCACACAGGUGAGAAGCCAUUUCCAUGUUCUGAAUGUGGGAAAUGUUUUGCACGGAAAUCAUAUCUUGUUGCACAUCAGCAAAGUCACACAGGUGAGAAGCCAUUUCCAUGUUCUGAGUGUGGGAAAUGUUUUACACGGAAAUCACUUCUUGUUAAACAUCAGAGAAGUCACACAGGUGAGAAUCCAUUUUCUUGCUCUGAGUGCGGGAAAUGUUUUGCAUGGAAAUCAGAUCUUCUUACACAUCAGAGAAGUCACACAGGUGAGAAGCCAUUUCCAUGUACUGAGUGUGAGAAACGUUUUACACGGAAAUCACAUCUUGUUAAACAUCAGAGAAGUCACGCAGGUGAGAAUACAUUUCCAUGUUCUGAGUGUGGGAAAUGUUUUACACAGAAAUCAGAUCAUAUUAAACAUCAGAGAAGUCACACAGGUGAGAAGCCAUUUCCAUGUUCUGAGUGUGGGAAAUGUUUUGCACGGAAAUCACAUCUUGUUGCACAUCAGAGAAGUCACACAGGUGAGAAGCCAUUUCCAUGUACUGAGUGUGAGAAAUGUUUUACACGGAAAUCACAUCUUGUGAAACAUCAGAGAAGUCACACAGGUGAGAAUCCAUUUUCUUGCUCUCAGUGCGGGAAAUAUUUUACACAGAAAUCACAUCUUGUUAAUCAUCAGCGAAGUCACACAGGUGAGAAUACAUUUCCAUGUUCUGAGUGUGGGAAAUGUUUUACACAGAAAUCAGAUCUUAUUAAACAUCAGAGAAGUCACACAGGUGAGAAGCCAUUUCAAUGUUCUGAGUGUGGGAAAUGUUUUGCACACAAAGCAGAUCUUGUUAAACAUCAGAGAACUCACACAGGUGAGAAGCCAUUUUCUUGCUCUGCGUGCGGGAAAUGUUUUACACAGAAAUCACAUCUUGUUAAUCAUCAGCGAAGUCACACAGGUGAGAAUACAUUUCCAUGUUCUGAGUGUGGGAAAUGUUUUACACAGAAAUCAGAUCUUAUUAAACAUCAGAGAACUCACACAGGUGAGAAACCAUUUUCUUGCUCUGAGUGCGUGAAAUGUUUUACACAGAAAUCACAUCUUGUUAAACAUCAACGAAGUCACACAGGUGAGAAGCCAUUUCCAUGUUCUGAGUGUGGAAAAUGUUUUGCACUCAAAUCAGAUCUUAUUAAACAUCAGAGAAGUGACACAGGUGAGAAGCCAUUUUCUUGCUCUGAGUGUGAGAAGUGUUUUAUCUGGAAAUCACAACUUGUUACACAUCAGCGAAGUCACACAGGGGAUAAGCCAUUUCCAUGUUCUGAGUGUGGGAAAUGUUUUACCUGGAAAUCAAAUCUUGUUACACACCAGGAAAGUCACACAUAUGAGAAACCAUUUCCAUACUCUGAGAAGUAAAUCAGCUAUUGUAGGCAUAACUCAGGGGAGAAACCAUUUUAAUCUGGAGUAUACUCAUCAUUGCCAUGCAAUGUUCCUCAAGGUUCUUAUCAUAUUUCCUAUGCUUUUUGCAAUAUACAUGCUACCGUAGGGUGAAAAAAUCAGAUGUCAAUCCUCAUCUACUACUGCUAUAUAGAUCACCUGUCUUUUGCACUGGGUACUGAGAACCCAGUACAAUCCUAAAUGGUUGUCUAGUUGAGCUGCAGGUAUACAUGAUGCCAGUUGGCUGUGACUCAGUCCUGGUGAAAUAUGUCCUUAUGAUAGAAGCUCACCAACAAAGGGCAGGGCUAUAGCUCAGCUUUGCAAACCAACCAGACUUGCGCUUGGGGAUUCAGAGUAACAAAAUGCUGACCCUGUACGGAAUCUUUUUGUCCUGGAUUGUGGAGUGACACUUAGACAUCAGGUAUCAGCCACAAUCAGAUCCUCAUCUGAGGAACAUAGCCAUACUCCAGCACUUAUUUCUCUCAGAAGAUCUACCUACAGUCAUACAUGCACUUGUAUCAUCACACAUAGACUACUGUAAUGUCCUCCAUCUGCAGAUGAAGGACUGUUACCAGCAGUACCAAGAAUCCCCAAGCAGUGCUGAAAUGUCACGGGGGAGACAGGGUGGCUGGGACUAUUGCUGUAGUGGGGGCUGCCGGAGGCACUGUCAGUGGGUAAUAUUGGCCCCAAGCAGUGCUAAGGUGUC